GGAGCAGUCACCUUCGCGGGGGGCCACCACACGUGCUCCCGGACAUGAGGUCUGGAAGGCCGCCGCCCCAGGUGCGGGCCACAUGAGGCCUCCCGGACUCCCCAUGGACUCUCGGGUGAUGCAGAUCAAGAAGAUGAAGGACUUGGGGCAGCAGUUGUACUCGGCACAUGGCAGUGACGGACGGAGCCCCAUCACCAUGUCGCCCAAGUCCCUGGGCGCUCACCGAGCAGCCCGCGCCCUGAGGCCUGAGCCCCCUGGGCUGGUGUACCCGGGCUCGGAGGCCGAGACCACCCUCACCACCCUGGCCACCUGUGCCAAGUGCAAGGGUGUGCAGGAAAUUCCCAUCCAGGAGUUGAAGAAGACCCAGAGGGCAGACAAGUACAUCUGCUUCCAGUGUACCCUGAGCAUGGCGCCCCCGCCUUUCCCCUUCGGCAGCGGGAGCCCCAGUGCCCUCCGAGGGAAGGCGGCCGAGCUGGGCCCUGGCGCGGGCAGCAACAAGUUCAAGGUGCGGAACUUCAAGCCGGGCAAGUACUACUGUGACAAGUGCCGCUUCUCCACCAAGGACCCGCUGCAGUACAAGAAGCACAUCACGCAGCACGACGAGAUCCGCUUCAUCUGCUCCCACUGCAGCUACGUCUCCUACACGAAGGGCGAGUUCCAGCGGCACCUGGUCAAGCACACGGGCAUCUUCCCCUACCAGUGCGAGUACUGUGACUACGGCGCCGUCCGCAACGACUACAUUGUCAAGCACCGGAAACGCGUCCAUGAGCGGGCAGGCGGCCGGCGUCCGCCCGGGCCCCCCGCCAAGCUGGAGGCCAAGCGAGCAAGUGCGGCCAAGCCCUAUCCGGAGCUGGGCAAGACCCCAGGCCUGAGGAGGGAGGCACUGUCCGGCCGGUUGUCCGACCCGCUCUCCAAGUUCCCCGUCCACGCCAGGAAGGACAAGGCGCACGGGGUCCCAUGGUUGCCGGACCCCAAGGACUUCCAGAAAGACGUGGUGUGUAUCCCCAAGAGGCUGAGCCCAGCUGAGCCCAGCGAGAUGCCCCUGUUCGAGAACAAGAGCGUGGAGGUGGAGGUGCUGUCGCCUGCCCGCGAGCCCCUGCAGCCCGGCAUGCCCCUGACCGUGGUGGCACCCUCUGAGCUUGUGGUCCCUGCCAACUGCCUGGCCCAGCUCAUGGAUGUGAAGGUGGUCAAUGGGACCCAGCAGGUGCUCCUGAAACUCUUCCCUCUGGAGGAGAACAGUGGCCUGGAGGCCAGGCCCUGUGAUGGCGCAGCCAGUGAGCAGGGCACCAAGGACAGAGGACCUGGGGAGCCCGGGCAGGGGUCCUCUACGGAGCCAGCCAGAGCCCCGGUGGGAGACGGCUGCGUGGAGCGGCUGGCGGCCGGCAUGAGGCACCUCCCUGCAGCCCUGCAGAAGCAUCUCCGGAGCAUGAAGUGGCUGCGCUCCUACGAACUCCUCACGUCCCACCCCGGUGCACACGGCCCCAGCGAGCCCCCCACAGCCACCGAGGAUCUGCAGGAGAGAGGUGCCCUGUGCCCCUACCAAGCCCCCCUUCCCUCGCUGGCCUUCAAAGGCCCUUUCCCCCCAGCCUCCAUGGUGACAAACAGUGUUUUCUGCGGGCUGGGUGCAGGCCCCGACCCGUUCCCUUAUAAGGCCGCCGCCUUGGCUGAGGAGAGGCCACCCCUGGCGCGUGACUCCAAGCGACUGUUGCCUCUGAGUGCACCUCCCCUGGCCUUGCCCUUCUCUGGUGAGCAGGGCUUGUUGCCCCGAAGUAAGGGUGACCCGGAGUGCAGAAGGAAGCUUAGUGCCCCCGGGAAGGGCGCACCCUCUGGCCGGAAGCUCAAGGACAGCCCACCCGAGCCCUGCAGUGUGAGCCCAGCUCCUGCUCAGUCCCAGAGUGAGUGUCUACAGGUCAGCCUGGCAGAAGAAGGGACAGCCAUGCCCCAGCAGCCUGGGGAGGGGCCCUUAGAGCUCACCACGGCAGAGAGGACGCCUGAGAGUUUCGAGGGCCCGGUCAUCUCUUCGGUGUUUUCUCUGAGCUCGGGAUCCGAGGAUGUCCCAGAGAGCAUCAGGUGGAACAGCUCGACGUCCAAGGUCAAGUCUGUAGAGCUUCUGCGCCGCAAGAUUGCCAAACUUAUCGAGUCCUGCGGCAGACCGUCAUCUCUAGCCAGCAGCGGCCCACGUGGCCACCCAGCAGGGCCCGCGUCCAAGGCCCUUUCCAAGGCUGCCCCCAAAGAGAUCCAAGAAAUCAGCACAUCGGUGGCAGGCCCCAGCUAUGCCUCGGCCUCUCUGCUAGCCCCCUGCGAGGAGCGUGCUGUCGAGGGCCCGUCUCCUCACACACAAGCGUACCCCCAGACAGUCAUGGGCAGUAGCGGGAAAGCUGAAGGCAGAGGGGGCAGGAGGGCUCAUGCAGCCAUGCCAGCGUUGGUUUCUAAAGGAGCAGCAUUGAGGGUCCUCAAUUCCUCCGAGGAUGUCCCCAUCGUAGAUGCGACAUGUGACACCCCAGGCACCGUCCCCCGAAGUGAUGCCCAGCUCAGCCAGCCAGUGACGUCCCGCCCAGCAAGACAGACUGACACAGACUUGCAGUGUCCAGUGAGCGAAGGCCGAUCAGGAGGCCUGGCCCCCACCCCUGAGACGUCUCUUCGACCAAAGCCCAGAAAAGAGAGCACCAUGUGUGGUGUCACCCCUAGAAGAAAUGGGGCCCUGUGCCAUGGGCCACAGGGACUGGGGGACCUGGGGAGGCACCGGAAGCUGCUCUCCAGGAGUCUCACCUUGAGCAAAAGCAAAAGCCGACAAGGAAAUGCCGGCAAGAAGAAGAGCCAGGGGCAGGCAGAGCUGGGCCGCUAUCUCAAGGACCCAUCAAUUUUCCAGGUUGCCCGCCAGCUCCGGCUCGUUGCCGCCAAGCCUGACCAGCUGAUCAAAUGUCCCCGCCGGAACCAACCUGUGAUUGUUCUGAACCACCCCGAUGUGGACUCGCCCGAAGUGACCAACGUGAUGAAGGUCAUCAACAAGUACAAAGGCAACGUCCUCAAGGUGGUCCUGUCCGAGCGGACGCGGUGUCAGCUGGGCAUCCGCCGCCACCAUGUGCGGCUCACCUACCAGAAUGCGGAGGAGGCCAAUCAGAUCAAGAGGCAGAUGAUGCUGAAGAUGAAGCUGAAGAAGAUCCACAAGAACAACUACCAAGUGGUGGAUGCCCUGCCCGACGACGCGACCCAGUGUCUGUUCAAGUGCUGGUUCUGUGGGCGGCUCUACGAGGACCAGGAGGAGUGGAUGAGCCACGGCCAGCGGCAUCUGAUCGAAGCCACCAGGGACUGGGACGUCCUCUCCUCCAAGAGCAAAUAAGCUGAGGCGCGCUCUUCAGAACCAACCAGUAGUCUCUUUCGGCUUCCUCUGGAGCACGUUUGUUACUUUUGUCCCCGACUCCCAGUCC